UAUAUCAUGUGAAAUGUGGAAAAUUAAUAACAAAAAUAUUAUCAUCAUUUUGAUGUGUGUAUUUUUAUUGUUUAUGGCUAAAUUCAUCGAAUGUUUUAAUCGUGAUCAGAUUAUUGAACAACAAAAUUAUCAAUAUCAACAAAUAUCUAAUGAUGCAAAAAAUCGUUAUCAAAAAUUAUCUAAAUAUCCUAAUCAUCCGAAACAUUAUCCACAUCAAUAUAUGAUACAUAUUCGUUGGGGUAAACCUAUACAUAACAACGAUAUGAUCAGAAAAGGUGAUGAAAAUUCUCGAUAUCGUAAAUAUGCACAUGAAGAAGAAGAACAUUGGCAUCAUAAAAAAUGGAUCAACAUUGGUAAUAUGCCCAAUGAUAUCGGUGACAACAAUAACAAUGAAAAAUAUACCAAUGAAGAUGAUGAUCGAUCAUUAUAUCAGGUGACCGAAAGAAAAUUCAAUACAUUACCAGUAUUUGCAAGACCAUUAAAAGAUAAGAAUAGUUUACGCGAAAUUCAAAAACAUUUUGCCAUACCUUCAACAAGUUUUCCGGUGAAUAGAAAUUUUGCCAAAUGGACAAAAGCGCCAAUCAAAUUUAAAAAGACAAAAAUCUAACUACAAUAUAUCGAUUAAUAAUGGAUAGAUGGCAUGAUCGGCAUCG